AAUAAGCGACCGUGACAGAGACCCUCAGUGUAACCUGCAUUGCUCCAGGUCCCAGUCCAAACCCCUCUGUGCCUCUGACGGCAGAACAUAUGAGUCAAUGUGCGACUAUCAGAGAGCCAAAUGCCGGGAGUCAAGUCUGAGUGUGACGCAUCGUGGCCGGUGCAAAGAUGCUGGCCAAAGCAAGUGUCGAUUAGAGAGAGCUCAAGCACUGGAACAGGCAAAGAAGCCCCAGGAAGCAGUCUUCAUCCCAGAAUGUAAUGAGGAUGGAUCAUUCACGCAGGUGCAGUGCCAUACCUACACUGGAUACUGCUGGUGUGUGACACCUGAUGGCAAGCCUAUUAGCGGCUCUUCUGUACAGAACAAAACUCCUGUAUGUUCAGGUUCUGUAACUGAUAAACCAUCAAGCCAGGGUAAUUCAGGAAGGAAAGGUGAGUGGAGUCCUGUGCUUCAGCAACUUGUUUUAUAAUAGCAGCUGCCCAGUCAAGGCCCUCGAGAUAAUUCAGAACCUGG